CACCUAUCAUAAACAACAUUACUACAAAAUGAGCACCACCAGCGUCUCCACUUCACUGCCCACUGGGCUCUCGUCAAGGCUAGUUGUCGCCGCGCUGCACAACCACGACCUCAUGAUCCGGACUCUAUGCCCAGCCCUUGUGUCCUACAACUUCGAGUCUGGCAAUCCAAACACCCAGGCAACCUACACCGUAACAGAUAGGAAGCCCAAUGGCCUCACAACAUACAAACUCACUCUUACCAACAAUCCUACCGGUGUCGACUCCCUCGUCAAUGCAAACCCGCCAGUGGGCAUCCUUACCAUCGCUGGCAAAUGGCGGGUCGGGGGCGGCAAGCUUGUCGAGGACGUCAUGAUUGACGGGAACUUUAUGAUGAAGAAGAUGGCCAAGGGAAACGUGGAGAAGACACAUCCGGGACAUCACGCGAUGUUGUUUCAAUUAGCUGCGAGGGCAUGA